AUGGGGAGUAUCACAGAGCCAUGGUCAAUCGCCGAGAACGGAAACGCAAACGCGACCGCUAAAGGUUCGAGCAGGGAGCUACGACAUGGGAGAACGGCACACAACAUGUCGUCUUCGUCGCUAAGGAAAAAAUCAGACUUGAGAAUGAUUCAGAAAGUUCCAUGCAAAACUCUCAAGAAAAUUCUCUCAAAUUUCCAAGAAGUCAUUCUUGGUACUAAACUCACUGUCUUGUUCCUCGCCGUUCCUCUCUCUAUUAUCGCCAAUUCUUACCACUACGGUCGCCCUUGGAUAUUUGGACUGAGCUUGAUAGGACUGACACCGCUUGCUGAAAGAGUUAGCUUUUUGACAGAGCAACUAGCUUUCUACACUGGUCCAACAGUGGGCGGUUUGUUGAACGCUACUUGUGGAAACGCGACUGAGCUAAUAAUCGCGAUUCUAGCGUUGGCUAAUAACAAAGUGGCAGUGGUGAAAUACUCUCUAUUGGGUUCUAUUCUCUCAAACCUUCUCUUGGUUCUUGGCACUUCCCUCUUCUGUGGUGGUAUUGCCAAUAUCCGCCGCGAACAGCGGUUCGACCGGAAACAAGCCGACGUGAACUUCUUCUUGCUUCUUAUGGGUCUGCUGUGUCAUUUGCUGCCAUUGUUCUUAACAUAUUCAGCGACUGCAGAAACAUCGACCUCUCUCAUUAACAAAAUGUCGCUUACUCUGUCGCGAGCGAGCAGUAUUGUUAUGCUUAUUGCUUACAUUGCUUAUCUCAUCUUCCAGCUUUGGACUCAUCGCCAAUUGUUCGAGGAACAAGAGGUACCUAAAAGUUGCAUGUUCGACAGUGAUAGGAUUUUGGAGCGGAUUUGCUUGGCUCGUUGGGAUGACACUCGUCAUCGCAUUGCUAUCAGAGAUGCGUCGGACUCAUGGGGACUAUCAGUGAGUUUCAUAAGCGUCAUAUUGCUUCCCAUUGUUGGAAAUGCGGCUGAGCACGCUGGAGCCAUCAUUUUCGCUUUCAAAAACAAGCUCGACAUAUCUCUAGGGGUCGCAUUGGGCUCUGCAACUCAGAUUUCCUUGUUCGUGGUCCCAUUGAGUGUCAUCGUUGCGUGGAUUAUGGGAAUCAAAAUGGAUCUCAACUUCAACAUCCUUGAAACAAGUUCUCUAGCCGUGGCCAUUAUCAUCACAGCCUUCACUUUACAGGAUGGAACAUCACAUUACAUGAAGGGACUAGUUCUAUUCUUGUGCUAUGUCAUCAUCGCGGCCUGUUUCUUCGUCGACCAAAUUCCUCAAAAACAACCAAAUGGUAUGGGCGUGGGGCUUCAACCCAAGAACAAUUUGGGAGUUUUCUCAGCUUAA